GCCAGGAGUGCGGGCAUGACUCCAGCCGGCAAAUCUUUGUUUGUUUUUUCUCUCAAGUUGGACACGCAAACUUCAUUGUCACGUCGACAAGGAGCCGAGCUGCGUUUUGUUUGGGUCCUUUAGAGACGCCACGAGUUGCGCCCUCAAAGAAGAAGACGCUCAAAAUAAAUUAAAAUAGUCGGCGCAGUGUGGUCCAGAUGUCUUGCGACCUCCGUUUAAUGCUCUAAAACUUUACAUAUUUUAAGUGGGGUUCAUUUAAAAGAUAAAUGAAUAUGAAAAUAAACCAAUGUUAGCGGUUCAUUAACGGUAUUUAUAUUGUAUUCCUAAUACAUGAAUACAUUGUGUUACAAUAGUUAUUUUUAUAUGGUUAAUUAGUAAUGUUCACAGCCCAUUAAACCGUAAUUUGGUUAAUUUAAUUAAAACUGCUACAAGAUGACAACUCUCUGAAUGCUAAAUACGCAACGCAAUAUUCAUUGACUUCUAACAUUUCUUUGCCGAGUACAGUACUGCAGACAUCACGAGCGGUGGCGCAUGAGGCUGACUCUCAACUCAAUCGUCCACCAAGGUUGAUCUCGCGGUGCAGCUACGCAGGACCACGAGUGCCAAUGAGGCCUCGGUCUACCAAGCCCCACCACUCCACCAAUCCUCAAGUCUGUUGGCCAUCGCCGACACGCCGAGACUCUUCGACGCCCUCGGAUGGCCGCCACCACUCAGGUUUCACUCACAGCGGAAAGUCCAGCGCGGGGAUUGCGUCCGAGAGGGGAGGGUUACCUCCGCCGCCGGCAGGCAGUGUGGUGCGCACCUCUCUCGCUUCCAGCGUGCACCAGGCGCUCGACUCGUUCCUGCGCCGUUCGCGUCGCGUCAGCAGACACGAGCGUGCGGCGUCUUCGACGAGCAUGAAUGUGCAAGAGCGAACGUGCGCAGAGACGUUCGGCAAAUCGGCAUGCCAGGAUGUCGACGAGAAUCUCUACGAGGAGGUGCAGCUCGCACCGUUGAUCAGCCGCAGCAGCUCCUUCGCGGUGAGGGAUGUGUCGCCGUCCAUUGCCCGGUCGCAGUCGCUGGAGAGACUGCGCGAGACGAUGGACUCCUUCGACAACGUCGGCAAGAUGAAGAGGUACUUUGAGCGGCGGAGCGAGAGUGUCGCCAAUGCAGGACGCCGGCAACACCAGGGUGAUGACCGUGACCUACAUCGUGAUCGCCACCGCCGCCACCACUACCAAUGUCAUCAACAUCAAUUUGAUGAUGAUUGCAGUGGCGGAGAUCCCUCCGCUUCUGCGGACUCGUCCAGCCUAUCAUCGUUCAGCGACGUUUAUGGAAAAGGCUCAACGCGUAGCGAGCACCGCCGCCGCAGCAGAGGCAUCGCAGGGGCCGACUCGCCCCUGGAGGAGAGGUCGUUGAAGUCACCGUACUCCCUGGGGGGUGAGGACAACUCUCCUGCACGAUGGGACCCUGAACUAGAGGGCAGGUUCACCUGGAACGCGAGAGAGACAUCCCCAGAUCAAUUCCUGCACUUCAGGCCCCAUGGUCCUGUCUCUUUUGGGCCGAAAGGGUCGAAGGGCAAUCGCUGUUCAACCUUGCACGACAGCGGGCCGCACAGAGACAGCUCACCAGAUCGCUGCUCCCCCAGGAGAGGCAGAAGUUCGAGCAGACGAGAUGAGCGUCACGGCUGCUCAAGCAAGAAAUUUGACAUCAGAUCUGAGACCUCGCUGGAGGAACCGAUGCGACUGAACCGUACAACCAGCAUGGGAAGGAAGGGAUGUCUCCGUGCAACCCUGCAGCGUAGCGAGUCGGAGGACAACAUCGUUUCAGCUCAGAGCUUAAACCAAAAACUGGGCAGUUUAUCCGAGGUGUUCCUACAGGAACGCAGCAAGUUCAGGCCUCUUAGCGCUACGUCCAGGAUGAAAGCGUAUCUCUCCUCAAACUCGCAAGACAGCGAGUCAGACCAUAACGCUCGACUGGCUUGCCGCUCUCCCAGGAUGGGACAAGGUUUCACAAGGCACACCGAGACCCACGGGCAUGGAGCGAAACGCUCAAGGAAGCUCAAGAGUGGAUCUGAAGCUAGGGCUUCCUCACUGGAGAGACUCACCUCUCGGCUGAAAUUACGGGACAAGGUGAACCGACUUGCCACAACGGGAUUCGACGGAAAAAUCCAAACGGAGGAGGCUGACGUUUCCUGGCAGCGUCCGUGGGAGCGGUACAAGCAGAAGCACCAGCAGGGCCAACAGGACCAUCAGCAGGGCCAACAGGACCAUCAGCGGCGCCAGCAGGAAGAGCGCCUCUCGCGGCAUCUUUCCCGGGACACACCAUGGAUGCCCCGUGAUCAGCACCUGGCUUCCAGGCGUAUAGGCCAUGGUCAGGCGAAAGACCUCGCCUUGGGCCAGAGACACAGGGAUCAUUACUAGGGCCAGUGAUACCUUCAAACGAGUCUUAGGCGAAGGUUCAAAGCUGAGUUGUGACGAACGUGAGGUGGUUAGACCGACCGUUGUGUCGUAGAGUUCUCAGUUCAUCUCAGUAGCGGGAAAAGUGUAAACGUGUUAUUGGUGAUUCAAUUUGGUGAUGAAGUUUGUUUGUAUCAUCAAAAUUGAUUGAUUUCAUCAGAUAUCUGAAGCUUUGCACAGUGGAACCUGGAUAUUGUUUGGAAGGGUGACUUCCAUAUGUACAACAGGUUAUUAAAGGCUGCUGCGGGGCUACAUGGUGGGCAGAAGAGAGAAAUGCUUAAAAAUAUAUUGUAAUACUGUAUGUCUAUGUUCCCAUAUCUAUCCUUCCCACCUUCACCAACCCGUACUGACCAGCGUGAAGUAUGCUUACAUAACCCCCAUGACCUGCACGGCAUGGGGUGGCCCUCAUGCAACACGCGAUUAAUGCAGGUCAAGUGAAAACCAUCAGGCGCGUGUCACCGAUGACUGCCCAAUACAACACGCGUAUUCUGGUGGUAUAAGUGGUCUCCACUCAAAUGCCACAGGGAAGAUUUUUUUUCUUAACAUAAAACC